AUGUCUGGAGAGAAAGCUCCAACCUGCCGGGCCCUGGUGCUGACGGGUUACGGCGGCUACGACAAGGUGAAGCUGCAGGAGACGAAGCAGGGAGAAGUGAAGCUGGGGCCCGGGGACGUGCUGCUGCGGGUCAAGGCGGCCGGGCUGAACUUCGCCGAGCUGAUGGGGAGACAGGGUCUGUACGAGCCGCUGCCCCCCCCGCCGGUCGUCAUGGGGAUGGAGGGCUCCGGGGUCAUCGAGGCUGUGGGGGAGGAGGUGAAGGACAGGAAGGUGGGAGAUCGUGUCAUCGCGAUGAAGCGCUCCGGCAUGUGGCAGGAUGAGGUCGUCGUGCCGGCUGAGCUCACCUUCCUCAUGCCCGAGAAUAUGAGCUUCGAGGAAGGCGCCGCCAUCCCCGUCAACUACAUAACGGCCUACUUGAUGCUGUUCGAGAUGGCCAACCUGAAGCCGGGCAAGAGCGUUCUCGUACACAUGGCUGCAGGUGGUGUGGGUAUCGCUGCCACCCAGCUGUGUCAGACGGUGGCGGAUGUGACCGUUUUCGGCACCGCAUCAGCCUCCAAGCACGAGACCAUCACCCAGGGCGGCGUAACUCACCCCAUCGACUACCGUACCAGAGACUACGUGGAGGAGGUCCGCAAAAUCAGGCCCAAGGGUGUGGACAUCGUCCUGGACCCACUUGGUGGCUCAGACACCCAGAAAGGCUUUGAUUUGUUAAAACCCAUGGGAAGUCUGAUAGUCUUUGGUGCAGCCAAUGGUGUGACGGGCCCGAAAAGGAACCUGAUGGCACUGAUGAAGCUCUGGUACAACCAGCUCUCCAUCAACGCCUUGAAACUGAUGCAGACCAACAAGGCCAUCGGCGGCUUCCACCUGGGCUACCUGGACGACCAUCAGCUCGUCAACAGGACCAUGUCGGAGCUGCUGGAGCUCUACAGGCAGGGCAAGAUCAAGCCCCGCAUCGACUCCUGCCAUCACUUCGAGGAGGUCGCUGACGCCAUGAGGCGCAUGCACGAGCGCCAGAACAUUGGAAAAGUCAUUCUUCUCACCGAGCCCAAGAAGAAGGACUAGAAGCCUCGGUCCGACCCUGGGCCCGAGGGAAAGGCAGAGAAAAACUGAAGCAGCUGUCAAAGUAAAAGAGAAGAAGGAGUCAGAGUGUUUAUCUGAGGGAGACACUUCCUCAACAAGGUUCCCUAUUGUUUAAUCGUCCAAAAAAAAUGAAAGAAAAGAGAAGGGAUGCAAUUGUCUGUCAGUAUUUCUAAAUGUUUAUAAAGAUUUAUUGUGCCAUAUUUCUAAAGUGG